UGCUGAUAAGCGUGGGACCAUCUGCUUGGCACAUCUCAAAUAUUUUCAGCAGUGGGAGAGCGGUUCUGCUUUCUCCAGGGAAGGAGGCUGCCGCCGUCCUCGGAGACGUGGGGACCGGAGACCCUGCAGGCUGGCGGGGUGGCGGGGCCCCAGGACGCGAAGGGGCGCCGUCCCUGCUGUCACCUCUGACCCUCCCUGAGCAAAUGGAGCUAGUGAGUCUGCGCCCCAGGUUUGAAUUGUUCAGCCGCCCUUGGCAACCAGAAAAAUUACCUGAAGAGCCCCUGCCUGAGGCCUCCUCAUGGAUGAGUCAUUCGUUGAUGAGAAGUCCACCAACGCCUCCACCGCCAGGAAUACCUCGGCUGGGGACCUGCGCCGGGAAAUCCCAAUUGUGCACUGGGUAAUUAUGAGCAUCUCCCCUCUGGGCUUUGUCGAAAAUGGAAUCCUCCUCUGGUUCCUCUGCUUCCGGAUGAGAAGAAAUCCCUUCACGGUCUACAUCACCCACUUGUCUAUUGCAGACAUCUCAUUGCUCUUUUGUAUUUUUAUUCUGUCUGUUGACUAUGCCUUAGAUUAUGAGCUCUCUUCUGGCUAUUACUACACGAUCGUCACAUUAUCAGUGACUUUUUUGUUUGGCUACAACACGGGCCUCUAUCUGUUGACGGCCAUUAGUGUGGAGAGGUGCCUGUCUGUCCUCUACCCCAUCUGGUACCGAUGUCAUCGCCCUAAGCACCAGUCGGCAUUUGUCUGUGCCCUCCUGUGGGCACUUUCGUGCUUGGUGACCACCAUGGAGUAUGUCAUGUGCAUUGACAGUGAAGGGCAGAGUCACUCUCAAAGUGAUUGCAGGGCAGUGAUCAUCUUCAUUGCCAUUCUGAGUUUCCUGGUCUUCACUCCCCUCAUGGUGGUGUCCAGCACCAUCCUAGUGAUUAAGAUCCGAAAGAACACAUGGACGGCCCAUUCCUCGAAGCUGUACAUGGUCAUCAUGGUCACCAUCAUCAUCUUCCUCAUUUUCGCUAUGCCCAUGAGGCUCCUCUACCUGCUCUAUUAUGAGUAUUGGUCAGCCUUUGGAAACUUGCACCAUAUUUCUCUUCUCUUCUCCACAAUCAACAGCAGUGCCAACCCUUUUAUUUACUUCUUCGUGGGCAGCAGUAAGAAAAAGCGGUUCAAGGAGUCCUUAAAAGUGGUUCUGACCAGGGCUUUCAAAGAUGAAAUGCAACCCAGGCGCCAGGAAGACAAUGGCAACACCACCACAAUUGAGACUGUGGUCUGA